AUGGGUUCCAGCGCUAAGCGAAAGAAGGAGAAGCAAAAGGACUUCCAGAAACCCAAGCUCAAGGUCGGCAAGGCCAAGGCGAAGCCGGAGAACUUUACAGACACCAGUUUCCGAUCAAAAGCAAUCGUCCUCAACCAACAAUCUCUACAACUUGCCGCUCCAACCUCCAGCAGCCAAUUCUCUCACCACCUUUCCCUCCUCUCCUCCAAAUCCGACAGCCAACGGCGCGAUUCCCUAGCCCACCUAACCACCUCAAUCGCCUCGCGACCGGUCAAUUCACCUCUCCCACAACCAGUCAGCGUUAUGCUCCCAUCCUUGCUCCCCUUAAUCCUCGACGCAAACAACAAUGUGCGCACAGCCCUUCUCAAACUCCUCAAAACACUCCCGUCCAACGACGUAGAGGACCACGUAGCGCAACUACUCCCCUACGUCCGCGCAGGAAUGACCCACCUAGCAGCCGACAUUCGUGUCUCUGCUGUCGAGAUUCUCUCCUGGAUGGUCGAUGCAGCCGGCGAAGCAGUUGUUUCUUGCGCGGGUGGGUGGAUCAAGACCUUCAACUGUUUUCUGUCGGUUCUGGGCUGGCACACCGAGGAGUCAGCUCGAUGGUCGUCGAACCGGGCUUCCUUUGGAAAGUCAGGGAGCCAAGGUAAGCCUAUGGUCAAGGUAUUGGGUGCACUAGCGGGGUUCUUGGAUGCCGGAAUCGGUGCGCCGGGUACCUCGGUCGACGAUACAGUGUCACCCGAUGACCCUUCCUCCUUAGCAUGGCCUUUCCCACUGUGCCAGACGAACCAACAUAUGAUAUCCGAAUCGGCCGCGCCAUAUGCCUACUUGAAUCUAUUUGGACAACCGCGCGAUGAAGAAGGCGAAAUGUACGAGACCCGCGAGGACCGGUACCGAGUAUUCUCGACACGGUUCUUGUCCGCUGUUGAACGCGGUCUGAAGAGUGCAAGGGAAGAAGGUGGCGAGUUGGGUCGCGCGUCUUCCAGUGUGAGCAAGGUGUUGAAAGACGCCUUGUCGUACGGGGCUGGACCUUGA